AUGACUGAAAUGAAUGAAACAGCCGAUUUUCAAGAAUCUACCAAGAAAGACAAAGAAAACAAAAUUUACGAGUUUGAUGACCUUUUAAGGCUGACUGGAGGAUUUGGCCGUUAUCAGGUCGCUUUAUACGCCUUCCUCUGUCUGAUCUCCAUUCCUACCGGAGCACAACUUCUGAUUCAGGUCUUCUACGCUGCCUCGCCGCGUUUCUCUUGUGUUUCCGCGCCUAAAAAUGAGACUUGCGAUCCUGGAAAAUGCUGCCCAAGUUGCCAAAAGUACGAUUUUCAAGGUCCAUUUACUAGCACUGUCUCCGAGGUAUAUAAUUUAUAAUGAGUAAAUUCGUUGUUUAUUUGAUAAGUGUUCAUCGCAAAGGUAGUCUGACACAUUGAUAAACAGCAUGUUUAACCAAAAUAAUGUGCAUUUAUUCCACCAAUUUGUUGAAAUACCCCUAGUGCGGCAUUGGGAAUGUGUUCAGUGAUUACACGAUAUAGUGGACCCCUUUUAAAAGCUUCGGAAGUGACGAAUGUUCGAUCAAAGUCUCCAAUGUUGUGAUGUUCAAUUUGGCGGUUGUCACGCAAACUCGAGUGACGAUCUAAACUGCACUAAGACGGACACACUUCUAUGUUUUUACUCAAAGGUGACCUUUGAAAGGGAAACUUAGUAGUAAAAGUUAACACUUAUUUUUCAGUGGCAUCUUCUCUGUGACCGGAGGCAUCUCAAAGCAAUGACUCAAGCUGUGUAUAUGGCAGGCUUGCUGGUUGGCGCCAUUGCAUUUAGCAGCAUUUCUGAUCACUUCGGAAGGAAAAUCUCAUUCUUCAUGAGCAUUGGAUUUCUGGUAAGCAUUUUUUUUCCCUUUAUAGUGAUACUUAGCCUGCUUAGCACUCUCGCCAUCGUUCUAAGUUUCUCGACGAACUCGUGAGGACAAGAGCAAAAGGUACGAGAUUAAUUUUCAUAAGAAACUAUUACCACCACAAAGACAGAGGAGUGUAAGGUUCCAUACGUUUUAUAUAGACUGUAAUUAUCAAAAAGGGGUUUAAAUACAGUUCGAACGUAAAAGAAAUAUUUCACUUAUUCAUUGAAGGUUAACAGUGUCCGUGUUUUGUGGAUUAUUUAUUGUUAUGCGGGGAAGGGGGGAAGGGGCCCGCCUUAUUUGGUUGGGGCUUAGCUUUAUAAAGAUGCUGGGAUGAAUUAAAGGUUAUGAAAACCAUCAUCUAAGUAGCCUGUCUGCGUGUAGCAGAUAUAGUGAAUUUCAAAAGAGGAGAAACUUUCUUGUAUAUCAUAUAAAGCGCGUGAUGGCAAUACAAGGUCAGAAUAAUCUUGCAAAGUUUUCAGAUGGAACACUGCCCGAAUGUUAUAUUAUCCUGUGACACUGACUGGCGCGUUUUCAUUAAUUUUCUUUUGCUAUGCUCCACCUUCUUGGUGGAACUUAAGGUUUUUCUUAGUAAGACUUUGGCCUCAUCAUAAAAAACGACUUCCUCAAAAACGUUAACAAUUCUUUAGACAACGAUAAAAACGUCAGCUUUUACUUAUGCUUUUCUUGAACGAGAGAACCAAACUCUUGACGACGAAAACGGCAGACGGGAAAAAUGUCUGGAAAAUUGACGACGUGGUCAUUUCUGUCGUUUUCCGUAAACGUGGAGAACGAUCUUUCUUUAAUCAUAGCGGAGUAAGUUAACUGAGCCGACUGUCAGUUAUAUGAAUAAUAUUUGCUUGGCUCUCCUGUUCUUGCUCGACAGGCGACCUUUGCAGUGGCUUCUGCUGUUGCGGACUGCCUAUCGCUUUUUUCACUCUUGCGUUUUUUCGCUGGUGCUGGUACCAUUGGCUGUUUAUUGGUCAGAUUUGUUUACUGCGCGGAAAUGGUUGUUACUGUCCAUCGAUCGUUCGUUGGAAUGAUAAACAUGUUGUUUCUCAGCGUUGGAGGAUGUGUUCUCGCCUUACUUGCUUACUUGAUCCCAAAUUGGCGACACCUCAUGUUAGCUGUCUCGUUACCAAGCUUUUUGCCACUCGUCGUUUGGUGGUGAGUGAUUCAUUUCCUUUAGUAAAGAAUAGCUGAACCAUAUUUCCCUAUUAUCUAGGCAGCGCUUAAGGUGGCUGAACACAGUUUUGCGGGCGGUCAGCGGUAGCGCGUGUUUUGAAUUAGACAACAAACAUGGCGGCGAAAAAAGCAAUAGUACACAGAAGAUGAUUUCUCAAAAUCUACUCAUUAAAAUUUUGUGAUAUUUGGCAGAAUUUUUACUUUUAUCGUAUUUUAAAUAAUGAGAACUUUAAAAUGGAAGUUGAACAGACGAAUUUUGUGACGCAUUUAAUAAUUACAGUACAAUUAUAUUAUUAUUUAUCUAAAAACCCCUCUGUUAAAAUUUGGUGAAAUAAGUUUCAAAUGGUAAUGAUUAAUUAUAGUAAGCUGUGUGCAAGUUUAUAAGAAAAUCUAAUGAGCGAAUUUUAUGUAAACUGAGCAAAAGUGAAAUUUUAAGGUUGUAUUCAAUCGUUCAUGUUCCCAUGGAAACUACAAAAACGUCAAAUUUUACCUGUCAGUCAAAAUCUUUCAUCAGUAUAUUUUUCACCUGCCAAGUUUCAGCUUGUGAGCUGCAACCUUUCUCUUGCCAUAAUUUGGUAAAUGACCUUUACUCAGAAACUGCCAAAACUGUGUUCAGCCACCUUAAUUAGCUUGCCACAUGUUCAAACACUAAGAGAGAAUUUCCUGCCCACCUUAGAAGCGUAAACUAGCUCUCAUUUGCCAUUCCUAAGUUGCCCAGAGACCAGGAUCGAUUUUCAGUGUGAGUCUAUUCGCAGGAACGAGCGGAUGGUAGCAACAUCGAGUAAAUGUCACAAAGGUAACUCAGGGAAGGAACAUUUAAGGUGACGAGCAAAAAUCAUGAUUGACCGCGAAAACUUAAGGAAGCAGUUUGGCAAACGCUUAAAAAAACUCGCUCGUGUUAAGAAACAAAUCCGAAAGUUUUCUGUUCCAUUAUCAUGAUUAUAACUUAAAUUAGCCUGUUCCAGGCGUUCAGAUAGUGGGGAGCGGUGCGAAGUAAAAGAAGCGCGCAAAAAUAAAAGCGAGGGAGGGGGAGAGUGAGAGAGGCUACGAUUUAUGUUGUGGUGGGUAUCAUAUAUCACAAGAUAAAGAAAGGGACUGCCCUUAGAAGCAAUAACAAGCAAAUAACCGAGAUAAAAAUGAAAAAAAAAAAACAUUUACGUUUAGCCUGUUCCAAGCGUUCAGAUAGCUUCCCUCUCCCCCUCCCUCGCUUUUAUUUUUUCGCGCUUCUUUUACUUCGCACCGCUCCCCACUAUCUGAACGCCUGGAACAGGCUACAUAAAUCGAAAUACUGAAGACUAACUACUUACUUACAUCUUACUUUAAUUGUAUAACCCACUUUCCCCCCAUUGGAAUUAGUAUAAAACAAAAUGACUUUCUUUUGGCAUGCGGAAAUUCCUUGUUUUCAGGUGGAUUCCUCGCUCUCCCCGUUGGCUUAUUGCUAACAACCACUUAGAAGAAGCGAACGAGGUGUUACUUAAAUACGCUAAGUACAAUCACGUGACUGUGGACUCUAAGCAUCUCAAACACGUCAUACAGGAGGUUAGGAAGAACGACGCAAGAAAGUCUGUUCACGAGAAGUACGGAAUUCUUGACACCAUGAAAACACCCAAGUUACGGAAGCGAAGUUUGAUCAUGUUCCUUAACUGGUAAGAAUUAAACGCUUACUCGGUCUUACUCCUCUACCCCGGCUGAACCUUCAAGUUACUGGAUACCUUGAGAGGUGUCUCACGCGCAAGCUAUGUAGCGCGUUCCGUUUCAAAUGCAGGUACCUAAAACCUAUAUCAAAUUAAAGCUUAUUUAAUGGCUUUCUUAAUAAUCCAACAGUUUUUUGAAAAAUUGUACUGUCAAUCUUGUUUAGGAUUUUUUAAUGCGAGCGAUCGAAUCAGCUUUCGAAAGCUAAAACUCAAAGGACUGUUUAUUUGUCACUGAUUUGAUUUGUUAAUUCAAGUGUUUGGGUAGUCAAAGCCCUAAAAAUGCGUGUCGCGGUUUUCCCAUUUUCGAAAGUUACCAAUUGAAAAUAACGUUAAAAAAGAAGUUGGCUGAUCGUACAAAAAUGCCUGUCAACAAAAAACGUUUAUGAGAUAAAAAAUUCCCCGACAUGUUUUUGUUGCUUACACAUUAAAAUAACAUUACCCCAAAUUCUAAGUCAAUCGAUCAAGUUCCCUCGAAGUUAUAGCUUCUUCAAGUGUCCCCUCUAAACAAAAAAUAUUAGUCGACAAAAAGGCGAUUAAAAACAAUCCCUCGCUUAUUAAACCUUCUCCGCCCACAAAUACUUCUCAGGAAUCUGGCACAAUAAGCGCUUGUAUAAGAUUACUUCCGUUCGAUUUUUGCGCUCUCUUUUCAUUUUCAAACAACUCCACUUUUCGACUUCCACUGGGAUCAAUAGUGAGAUCACUUUUUUUCGCAAAGCUGUGGAAAUGAAAGACCACAAAUGCAGCCUCCGCUCGGUCGAAAACCAAACUGGCCGGUAGAAGGUUCGGCGACUUCCACUGAGCCGACUAUUGACAUAGAGAGAGAGUGAUGAUUUAACAGCGAUGGGACUACUCUGAGUAGACAUGAAGCACUCCACUCAGCUAUAUUAGAACGAAUGGUCGAAACGAUCUUUUUCUUGGGCUGUUAUUGUCAAUUGCCUAUCGAAAUUUGUUUGAGAAAUUUCAUUCCCUUCCUUCUAUGAUAUUCGUUUUAAGAAUCAUGCAGUCUUAAAUUAUGGUUAUCUGCAACGGGUUGCCUUCUUAAUUACUAUUUUAUUUUCACUUUUUUAGCUUAAGGAAGUGGGACUUGAAAAAUGCUGAAUAUGUUCCCGAAUUUUUAAAGACCCUUUCUGCUAUUUUGAUUCAAUUUUCCGCCUGCUGGAACCGAUGGGUUCAUUGAACUCCAGGUUGGAUUCCCACUCCUCAGACCAGUCUUUCGAAUCCUUGGAAAUAAGAUCCUUUAUCAGACUAAUCUGACGCGGAAAGGCCAACUGUCUGGUCAUCGUUCAUUGAGAUUCCCUUUCGCCCUUCACUUUGUGCGCUAUUUUGAACUUGUCCAUGGACAUUUUAGUUAUUACUACUUUUACUUCCAUCUGAAGGUAUCCACUAACCUCAAAAAGGUCAUUCUUGAAGUCAUUUGUUGUAAGCUAAUAGAAACAGAACCACCCAACGCUCGUUUAGGCCCAAAUCGCCGCCAGCGUAAAAAUGUUCUGUCCCGGCCUAUCCUCAGCUCAGAAACAGACGUUAUUAUACAAAAAAGUGUACUAAUUUAGCUAUUUUUCCCUUUCAGGAUAGCCAACGCCUUGAUUUUCUAUGGACUGAACUACAAUGUUAGGAAUCUGGCGGGGAAUAUGUAUCUUAAUUUCUUUAUACUGCUUGUGGUUGACUUCCCAUCUAUUGCUGUAUGUUGCUAUUGCUUGCAAAGGUGCGAAACAGCUAUCACCAAAUUGCCUGUUAGAAUAAUAAAGUAGCCAUAAGUUGAAAGGAAAAUCACCCGACGUUUGUGUUAAGAUGAGCCGUGCAUUGCAAUGAUUUGAGAUGUGAGAAAGGCUAAUAAAAGAACGUUGUUUAAAAAUCGAAGCUAUUGUUUUACAGUUCAUUAAAGUAUUGCCGAACGUUGAUGUUGGUCGAUUGAAACUGCUAAGUUUAGCCANCUUAAUUUCUUUAUACUGCUUGUGGUUGACUUCCCAUCUAUUGCUGUAUGUUGCUAUUGCUUGCAAAGGUGCGAAACAGCUAUCACCAAAUUGCCUGUUAGAAUAAUAAAGUAGCCAUAAGUUGAAAGGAAAAUCACCCGACGUUUGUGUUAAGAUGAGCCGUGCAUUGCAAUGAUUUGAGAUGUGAGAAAGGCUAAUAAAAGAACGUUGUUUAAAAAUCGAAGCUAUUGUUUUACAGUUCAUUAAAGUAUUGCCGAACGUUGAUGUUGGUCGAUUGAAACUGCUAAGUUUAGCCACAAUCGGCGACAAAAUUGUUGAGACACUUUCCUUAAAUGGGGUACUUCGGAAAAUAAAAGAAUCUCAGUGUACCCUUCCCUUCUCCCUUCUAUUCAAAUUUGGGGAGUUUGUUGUUUUUUACAGGUAGGUCCACGGCGGCACAAAUACUUUGAGGGGGUAGCAAGAUGGACAGAAAAAGGUGCAAAAGAGACACGGGGCCGAAUUUGUUUUAGAGCAUACACUGAAGUUUCGUUUGUGUGCCUCACGAAAAAUGUAUGUCUAAGAAGGCUAGCCAUUAGAAUAAAAACCUACUUUUCCUGAUAUUGUUUUAGACUUUUUUACACGUCUACUACUCUGGGACAGGAAACCCGUGCGAGAGGCCCCUCUUAAACUCUAAAGUGGCGCACACUAUAUGGGUGUCUGCCUCUCCUUACACUAUCCGUCACAUCUCCUUAAAUCAAGUUGUAGAGUGUGUUAUUUUGUUGUAAUUUUAAUUUCUAUUGGGCAGAUUUGGUCGCCGUUUGACUUACUCCUCCUACAUGACAUUUUGUGGUGUGGCCUGUCUUUUGGCUUUGGCAAUGCCGAGCAGUGAUGGUGAGAUGAUACAUAGUCUGAUUAGUUAAUGAUAAUAGUUAUCGUUGUCCGAUUGCAGUCGACUCUCUCCUAUCGUAAAGGUACUUCUAGAGUUAAUCACUACAUGAAUUAAUUCGUCUUUCACUUGAGCCUUUGCUUUCUUCACAGCUUUGAGCAUUACCUUGGGUACGUUUCAUUGAUCUCCUAUAGAAUGAAUGUUUUACAAAUUCUUAUAUCACUGUAGAAGGGAUUGUAAAUUGUCUGGGGAGCCGUAGGGAUUUUUAUUCCUUACCAUCAUCAUCAUCAUCAUCAUCAUCAUCAUCAUUAUUAUUAUUGUUGUUGUUGUUGUUAUUGUUAACAUUAUCACUAUUAUUAUCAUCAUGAUCAUUAGAAUGAUCUUGAGUUUAUAUUUUCAGAAUACCAAGUCGCCGUUGUCAUUUUCGUGAUGAUUGCAAAGUUCUUCGUAAUUUCUACCUUCAACUCUGUCUAUGUGUACACGGCUGAGCUUUAUCCGACUGUAAUAAGGUAUGGAGUCUCACAGUCUAACAAGCUAGUUCCCUUUCUAAUGAUCGUUUGAAAGUCAAUGUUCCCUUUUUCGCGACCCAUUCGAGUCCUCGCACACUCCAUUUCCCACUUUUCCUUUGCCUUUUGAGCCACGCAGGUUACUUGCGACAUUGAUCUUUGGGAUCAUUAUAUGUUUCUGGAAAACACCACUCCCCUAAGCCAAAGUUUUUGCCAUAAGUGAGAAGUAAGUGUUAAUGUUGGUUUAGGGGAGGGGUAGGUGGGUAGUUUCCCAGAAAGGUACAUUGAUCAGAUCUUUGCCCGUUGGUCUCCCCAUGUAGGUAAUCUAAAUUCCGGAAUCCGGGAAAUUUUGCUCGUGUAAUCUGGAACUCUAUGCUCUGGAAUCCGGAAUCCACUGUGUGGAAUCCAGAAUCUAAGACUGCCUUGGAUUACAUUUUAUGGGGCGAGGCUCGAUUAUUACGUUACAUUUGAGAUAUUGAGAAUAAGAGACGAGCAGGUGUGAAGUUUAUGUUAAUACCACUGGUUUUUGGGACAAAUGGCGGGAAUAAGUGUCAAGUGUUGGGAAACUCUUAUGAGAAGACGAGGAAGCCUACGCCGUGGUAAACCGUAGUUAAGAACACGUUUGCCCCUCUAGAUUUGGAGACCCCUCCACAUGAGCGUUCGGAGCUUAAGAAUACCCUUACCUAACACUAAACUGACUGAAUGCUAACGAAGCCGCAUCUCGCUUUAAAUGUAUAUUCGAAUUCCUAUUUUUCAGGCAAUUUGAUUUUUUUUUUCGCUUUUUCCUAUCUAUGAACGUUGUUCAAAACUAGGUUGUAUUAGCGACUGAUAGUACUUGCAGAUAUUUUUUAUUAGUAUUCACCAAAUCAGUGGAUAGCAAUUUUUGCGCGUUCUGAUUGGCUCCCGUAACUCCCGUGUCCUUGGAUAUUCACUGUUUUGGGACGGGAUUCAAACGGCUUCUCGUUUCGCGACAGUUUCGAAAGACCGCAGUAAAUGAAGCAGCUGAACCAACAAAUACCAAGAAAGAGACAAAAUUUGGCUUGUCGGUGUUUACUGGCCGAUGGAAAAAAAUUUUCUCAUUGAGUUUGCAACAAAAUGAUAAAAAAUGAUCCCCGAAACACUGUCAAUUGAAACGUGCACAAACUCUAACUAAGUGACGUCGUUUAUUUACAGAAAGUUCCUUUUUGAUUUUUCCCAACCGAUUUGGUAAAUUCUAAAACAACUAUCCCCCUCAGGGUCGGUUCAUAGCGCUAGACAUGUACCUCGACGCUUCGCAUCUCAGUAUAUACUCCACUAUUCACCUCCCCUUUGGGGGAUAGUUGUAUAAUAUCCUCUAAGGCGGUUCCGUGUUAUGAUUUUGUCGUUAGUAAUGCUUUUCCUUGAUUAAAACAUUAUUAUUUACGUCUUCAUAGGAACAACGGUGUAGGAUUGUGCUCAAUGAUUGCCCGGAUUGGAGGAAUAGUUUCUCCAUAUGUCGUCCUUCUGGUAAUAAUGUAUUUUCAGUAUUCUCUCUUCUAUAAUAUUUUUCUUUGCCUUAACCAGAUAGCAAUAGUUUUUCAGUGUGUUUUUGUUUAGUGUUCUUAGUUAUUUUCUUCCUUUCCAGGCUGAUCUUCCAAAUUUGAGGAAAACAUUCCCGCUACUUAUAUUUGGUGUUGUGGGCCUGGCUGCCGGUAUUUUGGCGUUUUGGUUACCAGAAACUUUAACAGCACAGAUGCCACAGACCGUGGAGCAAGCAGAGGCUUUGGACGAGGAUUACAACCUUUACUGUUGCAAAAAGCCUCAGGUGCACGGCUCUCGCGGUCGCAAAGAGGUGGCGAAGGAAGGAGAAGAUGUAACUUUAGUAUAGCCUAUGACUGCAUUACAUGACUGGAGAGGCCACGUAAUCAAAGUUUUGUUCAUUUUCAGCACUGCGUGUACUUGAAAGUCGUCUUGGAAAAUGUUACAGAGCUCAAUAAAUUGUUAUUUUUACAGUGAAAUAUACAACACAUUUUUCAAAAAACUUUGUAUAAGAUACUUGGGAGCUUAAACAAGGGCGUUUG